GUUGUUAGAAAAAAGUUAAAAAUAGCCUUUAUGUAAAAUACUCUUAUAAAAACACCCAAAAAAGAACACAAAACUUCAGGUGACCGAAGCGGGAGGUUCGGAAGCAGCUUUUUGGGGGAUAAUAUUACCAACCAACUUCAGAUAGAAAAAUUAGAAGUUGUGAGAACGUUCAACAAUGGCGUUUUAGAAUUCAAGCUUUGCAAAAUAUUAUAAUCCAAUAUUCAAAUAUAAAUAAAAUAAAAGAAAAUUAAGGGGGGGAGGGAAAAGUUUUUUAAAUAAAAUAUAUAAUUAUCAUCUCCCUUUUUUUGCCCCCUUCUUAUAUCAUCUCCUCCAUUUCCGCUGUCUCUCUCAUUGAAUUCUUCAAAAUCUCAAUUGAUUUUGUUAAAAGGGUUUCUUUAUUUCUUGAAGAGUUAAUCUGGGUUUGUCUUAGAUUUUCAAAUGAUCAUCAAAAUCGUUCUGAAAUCAACUCAUUUUCCUGGCUUCUGAGAAAACCUGCAAAUUUUUAAUUUUUUUGUUUUUUUAAUCUUCAACGGUCAAAUUUCCUGCCCCCACCCUGAUGGUCUCAACGGCGGCAGAGGGAAUGUUGUCGUUUUCUGUGGUUUCUGUUGUUGAAGAUGUUCUUAGACAGCAUGGGACGAGAUUGAGCGAUAUCGAUUUCGCAUCAAGAAAAGCAGAGGAGGCUUCAUCGAGGCGAUAUGAGGCGGCAAGGUGGCUAAGGAAGAUAGUGGGGGUUGUAUGUUCUAAAGAUUUGCCUGCUGAGCCAUCUGAAGAAGAUUUCAGACUUGGGCUGAGGAGUGGGAUAGUCCUUUGUACAGCAAUCAACAGGGUUCAACCUGGUGUUGUUCCAAAGGUGGUAGAAGCUCCAAAUGAUACUGUAAUUAUACCUGAUGGCGCGGCUUUAAUGGCCUACCAAUACUUCGAAAAUGUCAGAAACUUUCUGGUUGCUGUUGAAGAGUUGGGACUUCCUACUUUUGAGGCAUCUGAUUUAGAACAGGGUGGUAAAACGGGAAGGAUUGUGGCCUGUGUUCUCGCUUUGAAAUCUUUUAGCGAUUGGAAGAUGGCAGGAGGUAACGGAACAUGGAAAUAUUCUGGAAAUUUCAAAACAGCUAGCUCUACUAGCUCUGCAGGGAAGACUGUAGUUAGGAAGAAUUCAGAACCCUUCAUGAAUUCUAUUUCGAGGACUUCAUCUGUAAGCGAGAGAUCUCUAGACACUGAACAGUGCAGUGAUCUUGGUCUAGAUUUCAGUGAUAUGAGUAACAAUCGUUCCUUAAACACUAUGAUUCGUGCACUUCUUAUGGAUAAGAAGCAAGAAGAUAUUCCAAAUAUUGUUGAAUCCAUGCUUAGUAAAGUCAUGGAGGAGUUUGAAUGCCGCUUAGCAAAUCAACCUGAACCUGUGAAGGCUUCUUCUAGGGAAACCAUGUCAGUCUCUGGCCAAAACGCGUCUCCUGCUGAGUCUCCCAAGGCAGAAACACAGAAUCAAUAUGACAAUGCAAAAGAAAACAUUAAUGAACCAGAGGAAGUUGACGAAAGUGAAGAAAUUCAGGACUGUGUCCCAUGUGCAGAGCCUGAAAGCCGCUUCAGGAGGCAUGAUGAACAGUUUGAGAGGCAGGAGAGUAGUAUACAGGAUUUGAAACAAACUGUCCACACUACAAAAGAAAGCAUGAAGCUACUGCAAACGCGGUAUCAUGAGGAGUUCAGCAUUCUAGGUGAGCAUAUCCAGAGUCUUGCUCAUGCUGCCACGGGAUAUCAGAAAGUUCUUCAAGAAAACCGCAAACUGUACAACAUAGUUCAGGACCUGAAGGGGAAUAUUCGGGUGUAUUGUCGAGUGCGUCCAUUCCUACCAGGGCAAGCUAACGGUUUCAGCACUGUAGAUAAAAUAGAAGAAGGAAACAUUACACUUUUGAACCCAGCAAAAUAUAGUAAAGACGGGAAGAUAUCCUUUAAUUUCAACAAGGUGUUUGGUCCUGCUGCAGCACAAGAUCAAGUGUAUGCAGACAUGCAGCCUCUUGUUCGGUCUUGUCUUGAUGGUUACAAUGUCUGUAUCUUUGCAUAUGGGCAAACAGGAUCUGGGAAAACAUACACCAUGACUGGACCAGAUAAACUCACAGAAGAAACUUAUGGUGUUAACUACCGGGCAUUGAAUGAUUUAUUCUGUCUGACAGAAGAAAGAAAAGAUGCAUUUAGUUACGAGGUUUCUGUUCAGAUGAUGGAGAUCUAUAAUGAGCAAGUCAGAGAUCUUCUAGCUACUGAUGGAUCAAACAAGAAAUUAGAAAUACGUAACAGUUCUCAGAGUGGGAUAAAUGUACCAGAUGCAAAUAGGUUGCCAGUUUCAACAACAGCAGAUGUUAUCAGUUUGAUGAAUCUUGGUCAUAAAAAUCGCGCUGUGAGUUCUACUGCUAUGAAUGACCGUAGUAGUCGUUCUCACAGUUGCAUGACAGUCCAUGUACAAGGGAAAGACUUGACAUCAGGAGCUGCUCUACGAGGUUGUAUGCAUCUGGUUGACCUUGCUGGAAGUGAAAGGGUUGACAAAUCUGAGGUGACAGGUGAUCGAUUGAAGGAAGCACAGCAUAUCAACAAGUCUCUUGCUGCAUUAGGAGAUGUGAUUGCUUCUCUUUCUACGAAGAAUGCACAUGUUCCUUACAGAAAUAGUAAACUCACACAGUUGCUCCAAGAUUCACUAGGAGGACAAGCGAAAACAUUGAUGUUUGUUCACAUUAGCCCAGAGCCAGACGCGCUUUCAGAGACAAUCAGUACACUUAAAUUUGCUGAGCGUGUAUCUACAGUGGAGCUUGGUGCUGCUCGGGCAAACAAAGACAAUGCAGACACAAAAGACUUAAAAGAGCAGGUAUCCAACCUCAAGGCAGCUUUAGCCAAGAAGGAAGAAGAAAUGGAGAACCUUUCUCGUUCAGUAACCAGUACUCCAGAAACAAUGAGUGUUAGAUCAACUGCAUCUUCACCUGGUCAUCCAUCCUUUCGUUCACCAAAAGACCCUUCAAGUGGUCGGAAGAGUCCAGUUCAGGAUGGAAGUAACACCAAGGUGAAAAACAAUUCAUCAAAACCACGAAGGAGAAGCUUGGAUCCAAAUGAUCUAUUAUCAAAUUCAGCACUUUGGCCACCCCUUAUUGUGAACAAAGCAGAACAGAAGAACCAGCCAACAGGUGAUUGGAUGGAGAAGGUCAUGAUAAAGCCAAAGAAAGUAGAUAGAAGUAGGUCAGUAGAAGACUUAGUUGAAGAAAACCUCAAGUAUUCUGAGAACUGUCAUCCUGAAUAUCAGGUUGAUGACAGCAGUUUGAAGCAGCAAUCUUUCGAUAUAUUGGAAGUUGACAAAAAGGAUUGUCAGGAUAGUGACUCACAGAUUAGUAUGUCAGAAAUGCUUACUCCUGAGAGUAUUGAUGAGCUUGAGAUAGCAACUAGUGAUUCUUCUGAGCAGGAUUUUCAAGUUAAUCUUCCAAGAGUUGCUAGUUUGCCUACUGGUUUAGGAUCAAAGAUCAGGAAACCUACUCCACUUAAGGCAUCCAAAAGCCCCGAAAAGAGGAGUUUGAUACCAAUGCCACCAACACGAAGAUUAUCGAAUGGCACGAGUGCACCCGUGAUCAAGAAUGGAAGACAAGCUGUGUACAUGAAGCGGAAAACAGGAACUGCAAAGUAAUUCUACUAUGAAUAUAUAUACCCUGUGAUGAUAGCUUGUCAUCCUCCAUUUUUUCGAGUUUUGGAUUUUUGCUUAGUUAGAAGGAGAAGUGGGAGGGGGAGGGUGAAGGAGUUGAGAAGAGGCUUUAAUUUUUUUGUUCAUUUGAAGUGCAAAAUGGCAAGUAUUUUGAGUUAUACCUGAUGCAAUCAUUUGGUGGUGAUGGUUGAAGUAUAUGCAGUCCUGCCAAAUGGGCCCACAUUGGAUUGCCUUUUGUUGGGCUAUAUGGGUGUUAAGUUGUUUGAUUCAAUUUUCAUUUUCUUUGGGAGGGUUUUCAUGUUUGAUUUUUGUUUUUAGUUUUACCAAAGAUGGAAAUUGAGUAAGGUAUAUAACUAUAUAGUACAUUAUACACAUAUGAAAUGGAAGUUAAUGAGAUUGUACAUUUA